AUGUCUAGUAACCGAAUCUUAGAUAAUAAUCUACAGUCUUCAUUUCAUGGUAAUGUUAGACAAAUUACGCAAAAAACCCAUCAAUUGGGCUCAAAUGCAAAAGAAGUCAUUCGAAAUCUACCUAAUAUAUUAACUGAACAACAGAUAAAACGUUUGAAAGAACAUAAAUAUGCAUCUGAAGGUACAACUUUACUCGAUCCAUAUAUGCAAAUAUUUUGGAAACGUCUUGUUGAAUUUUGUCCAUUAUGGGUAGCACCAAAUCUUAUUACUAUCGUUGGUUUAGUAUUAAAUAUUGGCGCUAGUAUUUUGCUCAUCAUUUUAACAGACGGUGCUAAAGAACAGUGUACACGAUGGAUGUAUUUUCUAACAGGACUUGGCCUUUUCUUAUAUCAAUCACUUGACGCAAUUGAUGGUAAACAAGCUCGCCGAACAGAUUCUUCAUCGCCGUUGGGUGAAUUAUUUGAUCAUGGUUGUGAUUCAGUUUCAACAGUAUUUGUCACAGUUGCAUUUUGUUGUGUUUUACAACUUGGUGUUCAUCCAUGGGUUAUGUUUUGGUGUUGUAUGUUGUCUUGUGUGACAUUUUAUUGUGCACAUUGGCAAACAUACGUAUCGGGAAAACUUAAAUUUGGAACAUUUGAUUGUACCGAAGCUCAGUUUUUCUUCAUAUUUGUUUGCUUGAUAACUAUUAUAUCACCCAGUUUCUGGACUAAAACGAUGCCUAUAAUUCAUAUUGAAUAUCGUGUAUUUUCGGCAAUAUUAAUGAUCGGUUCUGGAUUCUGUAGUGCAGUUAAUAAUGUUCGUCUUAUUUCACAAGGUGGAUGUGGAAGAAAUUCUUCAUCAGUUGCUGGUACAAGUAUUAUUUUUCCAGCAUGGCAUAUUUUAUUUCUUACAUUUCUUGCUUAUAUUGCCUCAAAUCAUUCAUUAUCAACCGCACUUGUACAACAUCCAGCACUUCAUUUAAUAUGUUAUGGUAUUGCAUUUUCAAAAAUUACAAAUCGAUUGAUUGUAGCUCAUAUGUCAAAAAGUCCGUUGAAUAGAUGGGAUACAGCAUAUAUUGGUCCCAUAGCCUUUUGUGUAAAUCAAUAUUUUAGUUGUUUUAUUGGAGAACAUAUUUUACUUUGGUUUUUUCUCGCAUUUAAUUUAUAUGAUUUACUUCGAUAUAAUACGAAAGUAUGUCAAGAAUUAUGUGAUGCAUUAAAUAUUCAUUGCUUUCGCAUUAAACCACCAACGACUCUCAAUACUGAUCAUACACAUUAA